GGGUGAACCCGGUGCGGUGUUGGAGUUUUGACGUGGCAUUCGCGUACAUGAACACAGCUGUUUACAGUACGUUUAAGGUCCUCCAGCUCACCGUUUCUGUUGCACAGGCCUUCAUGUACCCCGGCCGUUUGGAAUGAGACAAGCCUGACUGCCAACUACCGCAAUGAGUCAACAGGGUUAUGUGGCCACGCCGCCUUACUCCCAAGCCCCACCCGGCAUGGGGGGGUAUCAGCCAGGCUUUGGAGCCCCGCCAGCUCAGCCCCUGUAUGGGCACUACGGACCCCCCCAGUCAUACCCCUCCGGACAGCUGGGUGCGCUCAAAUCACCUCCCUCCUUGGCCUCUGCCGUCCCUCCACCCCCUGGCCCCGCACAUUUCAGCCCGAAUGGCCUUCAAAAUGGAGUUCCGUCCCAGAGGUUCCCUCCUCCUGUCUCUUCCUCUGCGUCUCCAUAUGGACCACCUCCUCCAGCUAUGCUUUCCAGCCCUGCCCCCCCUGACCAGGCCCUGCCCCCUGCGCAUCAUCUGACCAACCAGCUAGGCGGCAUGCAGAUUAGCGGAUACGGCCAAGCACCUCCACAGGGUCCUCAGUCUCCACCCAUCUCAGCCCCGCCUCCGGCAUUCCACCCUCCCCCACCCGCCAUGGGUCCUCCUACGCCCAUGUCACCUGGGGCCCCCCCGCCUAUGGCAGCAGGCCCCCCUAUGGGCGCCAUGACCACGGCUCCACCAAUGGGAGCACCCGGGCAGUUCCUUGGCCCGCCCCCUCUUGGAGGUGGUGCAUUCCAACAGCCUCCUGGACCAACCGGGCCACAAGGAUUCCCAGCACAACAAGGUCCGUAUGGUGGGCAGAUGGCAGGGCCCCAGCCUGGGUUCCCUGGAGCCUUCCCUGCUGGAGCGGCCCAGAUGUCCGGACCCCCGCAAAAGAAACUGGACCCCGAUUCCAUUCCCAGUGCACCUCAGGUGAUUGAGGACGACCAGGCCAAACGUGGAGGACAGGUAUACGCCACUAACCUGCGGGGCCAGGUACCCCCUUUGGUCACCACUGACUUUGUGGUUCAGGAUCAAGGGAACGCCAGUCCCCGCUACAUACGGUGCACUGCGUACUCCUUCCCCUGCACAGCCGACCUGGCCAAGCAGUGCAAAGUACCCCUGGCGGCCAUUAUCAAACCCUUCGCCGCGGUCCCCAAAAAUGAAACCCCUCUGUACCUGGUGGACCACGGCGAGUCUGGACCAAUCAGAUGCAACCGCUGCAAGGCCUACAUGUGCCCCUUCAUGCAGUUCAUGGAGGGGGGUCGGCGCUUCCAGUGCGGGUUCUGUGGCUGUGUCAAUGAAGUGCCGGCUUUCUAUUUCCAACACCUGGACCAUGUUGGCCGGCGGGUGGACUUUUACGAGAGGCCGGAGCUGUCUUUAGGAUCCUACGAGUUGGCUGCCACAUCGGAAUAUUGCAAGAACAAGAAGUCACCCAAUCCGCCGGCUUUCGUCUUCAUGAUUGACGUGUCGUACAACAACGUCCAGAGCGGGCUCGUCAGGCUGCUGUGUGAGGAGCUGAAGACGCUGCUGGAACACCUGCCCAGAGAGGAGGGGGCUGACGGCUCCGCGGUCAGGGUGGGCUUCGUCACCUACAACAAGGUCCUGCACUUCUACAACGUGAAGAGCGCCCUGGUCCAGCCCCAGAUGAUGGUGGUGUCCGACGUGGCCGAGAUGUUCUUGCCGCUGCUCGAAGGCUUCCUGGUCAACUAUCAGGAGUCUCGAACCGUCAUCAAUAAUCUGCUGAACCAGAUUCCCGACAUGUUCACCAGCACCAGCGAGAGUGAGACUGUCUUCGCCCCGGUCAUCCAGGCAGGCCUGGAGGCCCUGAAGGCGGCAGAGUGCAGCGGGAAGCUGUUCAUCUUCCACUCCUCAAUGCCGACCGCAGAGGCUCCAGGCAAACUGAAGAACCGGGACGACAAGAAGCUGAUCAACACCGACAAAGAGAAGACGCUCUUCCAGCCUCAGAAGGGGGUCUACGAGCAGCUGGUGCAAGACUGCAUUUCUAUUGGCUGCUGUGUGGAUCUCUUCCUGUUCCCCAGCCAAUACACCGAUGUGGCCACAAUGGGCUCUGUCUCAAUGCACACUGGGGGAUCUGUUUACAAGUACAACAACUUCCAGGUUCCAGUCGAUGGGGACCAUUUUGUCAGUGACUUGAGGAGAGACGUGGAGAAGCCAAUUGGAUUCGAUGGCAUGAUGCGAGUUCGGACCAGCACAGGCUUCCGGGCGACAGACUUUUUUGGGGCCUUGCACAUGAGCAACACCACCGACGUGGAGAUGGCCGCUGUGGAUAGCGACAAAACCGUCACCGUGGAGUUCAAACACGACGACGCGCUGGCCGAAGACACAGGAGCCCUGAUACAGUGUGCCUUACUCUACACCACAGUUGGCGGGCAGAGGCGUCUGCGCAUCCACAACCUGGGUUUGGCGUGCAGCACCCAGCUGGCUGACCUCUACAAGAGCUGCGAGACAGACGCCCUCAUCAACUUCUUCGCCAAAUCCGCUUACCGCGCCAUGGUCAACCAGCCCCUGAAGACGGUGAGGGAGAUCCUGGUGAACCAGACAGCCCACAUGCUGGCCAGCUACAGGAAGAACUGUGCCAGCUCGUCCGCUAUCAGCCAGCUGAUUCUGCCGGAUGCAAUGAAGGUGUUUCCAGUGUACAUGAACAGCCUGAUGAAGAGCGCCGCCCUGGUGGGCAGCGUUGAGCUCUCCACCGACGACCGCGCCCUGCACAGGCUGGCAGUCACCGCCAUGGGUGUGGAGGAGACCCAGGUCCUCUUCUACCCUCGACUCCUCCCCCUGCACAACCUGGAGGCAGAGGGAGAGGGGAUACCGCCUGCAGUGCGCUGCUCUGGGGAGCGUCUCACCGACGGGGGGCUCUUCCUCCUGGAGAACGGGCGCCUCCUCUUCCUCUGGCUGGGCCAGGCCUGCCCCCCCGAGCUCAUCCAGAACCUGUUCAACGUGCCGUCCCUGGCCCACCUCGGCUCGGACCUGAAGUCAUUACCUGAGCUGGAGAACCCUCAGUCUAAACACCUCCGGUCCAUCAUCGAGCUCAUCCGCCAGCAGAGAUCUCAUUCAAUGAAGCUCCUGAUAGUGAAGCAGAAGGAUCAGCAGGAGAUGCUGUUUCGCCAGCAUUUGGUGGAGGACAAAGGCCUUUAUGGAGGGUCAUCAUACAUGGACUUCCUCUGCUACGUCCACAAAGAGAUCCGACAGCUCCUCUCUUAACCGUGAGGGGACUAGGUGGUACUAGGUGGUACCACCUCAAAACCCCCAAAAAACUGCAUCUAAACAACCCUCCUCCUGACGUUAUUUAAUGAGUCUCCUUUCUCCCGGAAACUGGUGUAUUUUUACGAAGAUGCCUUCUAUCCUAUUUUUCAAAACCUUUCUAUGCACAUCUAAGCACAUUUCAUUCCGAACGGGGAUGGCGCUGUUUGGAGUUGAGACACCAGUCCCGAUGUCCUCAGCAAUCUCUACCCCCUACCAACAGAACAUUAAUAUUAACUGACAGACCAUACCAUAGAGUGCCGCACAAGGAUGGUGAGAUUACAUGAUACAAUAGUUAAUAAUAUUAGGCGUCAGCAAAACGUUGUGGCUGAUAGCAAUGUUACUUUGAGUGUUUUGGAGUGGUGUCAGUUUAGAGUAUUUAACGUUGGUCUUUGGCCCAAAUGGUGUUCAAGUAGUAAACGCAGUAAUCCAUUUUUUAUAACGGUGUUUUUUUAAAUUAACCCAUUGAGUGCCAACUGUCAUUGGAUACAUGAAGUACUCUCUACUGAGAGAUUGGUAAAUACAUAUAGUUUCACUGAGACAGAGUAAUCAUAGUCCUGGACUAGAUUGAGUUUUGUAUGGAGAAUCUCCAUUCAAAAUGUAAUUUAUACCUAGGACUAGGAUUUAAUAAUCUGUCCUCAUCAGCCUUAAUUGUACAUAAGAAUUGGUAGAGUGGAUGUUUUACUAAUUGCCACAACAUCAUUGUGACCAACAGACAGAACUAGGCAGAAUGUUUUGUCAUCUUUAAUUUUGUACUAUUUUCAUCCAUACUAGGAAACCACAGGUCCACCUAUUUCAUAUAUUUCAUUUUCUUUUUAUAUAAAAUAUAUAAAUAUUGGAGGGGGGCAGGUGGGCAAGGAAGUUAAGUAAUAAUAAUACUUAAGUUAAUACUUGAUAACUUUUAAGUAAUAAUACUUAAAUGUUCAAUGUAGUUUUUCUGGGUUGACAGAAGAGCCUCUUUUGUCAGCAACUAUGUUGUGUACCCACACUUAAUAUCUCAAAAAUAUAGAUUUUGACAAAAAUUGCUAAUUAUUCUGGCCUGUUAGUAUUAAUUAAUUUAUUCUUCUGAAAAAUUGUCACUUGUACAUUUGUUUACUUUAAUUCGUAUGAAGCUCAUGAAGUGAUUUGUUGUCUGUCUCAUGCCUUAAUGAAUUCUCAGAGGAUGUAACUUGUGAAUAUUUUGUUUAAUUCUUAUAAUACAUAGCUGAUAAGAAGGGUUUAUACGUAUACUCAUCUCAGGUAAUGCAUGUGUAUAACCAGUGUCAUGAUUGCACAGAACUAUUCCCUGCAAGGAUUAUGUGGAGUUUACUACACUAUAAUGGAGAACAGCCAUUUUGAUCUCAAAGGAAUCUUCAUUGAUGUCUGAGAGCAUUGUGCAAUUUGUGUAUAUUAAAGCAUUUGCAGAAUUGUAUUUUGAUUAAACUCCCAAAUCUCAAUCUG